AUGGCUUAUAAUAUUUGGGAGGAAUAUAUAAGGACCAAAUUUCACAAUGUGUAUCAAGUUGCAACAAAUUUAUUUUUAUUUAUUGCCCUUUCGUAUUUUUUUUGUAUUUUUGUUUUUUUCUCAUUUUUUUUUGUGAAGAUGAGAAAAGUGAUAUAUUUUUUUUUAAUAAUUUGUUUACAUUUAAAUGUGGGAUGGUAUGGUUUUUUUGUUUUUUUUUUUGGAGUAUCUGGAUUAUAUGUGAAGGAAUUACAAGUGGGGAAUUAUUAUAUAUGUAAUUUGAAGGAUUAUGCAAAUGAGACAUGCACAGUUAAUUAUGACUAUAAUAAGAUGAUAAAAUUAUUAUGUCCAAUUAAUAAAAGUUAUGAAGAGUAUGAUGAUCGAUAUUGUUUUAGAUUUAUAGGAGUACGAGAUCGAUUGGUUAUAAAUAAUCAAGAAGAGCCUAUAAUGGAUACUCUUCCUGGUAUUAUAAUUGAAAACUUGAAUAUGUUUGAUAGAUAUAAUGUGGGUAUUUACAUGCCAUUUUAUGUAAAGGAGGAUAUAACAAUAGUAUGUACAUGUGAAAGUUCAAAAGAUAGUGAAGCGAUAACACCUUAUCUUAAGAUACAUAUAAAAGCUAAUAAUAGUUUCAAUAAGGAUGGAGAAUAUAUUAAAGGUUGUGAUUAUGGAAAUAAUACAGGAAAACAUCAAUUCUUAACAAAUACAUUAAAACAAGAAGAAAAUUUUCUUUGUGAAGUUCAUGCAAAUCCCGGAGAAGUCGUAGGAAUUAAUUGUAUAAAUUUUGAAGAAUAUACUACUAGUAUUAAUAAUAAGAAGAAGAAUAAUAAUAAAAAUAAAAAUAAUAACAAUUCUUUUGAUGUAAUACAAUUGAAACCACCACAUUGUUUUUCAAAUGUAUCUAUAUCUAUGUCUUUUUUACGUGUUGUAACAAUGAGUGUAAAUAAUUUAUUACCUGAAGCAAAAUAUUAUCCUGAAUUUUAUUCUUUUCCAAAAGAUAAAAAAUUUCAAAAAUAUAGUACUAUUUCAUAUUUAUGGAUACCUGAAAAGGUACCUCAUGAUAUUUUAUUUUAUUGUCAUUGUAAUUUCCCUAAAGGAAAGGGUAUAGGUUUAUUUAAUAUAAAUAAAAGUGUAGAAGGUUAA